CGCCAAAGAGGUUUGGUGGGGUGAGGGUGGCAAAAUAAGCAGGCGCAUUAGGCGAAAGCGGUAAGAGCCGCGCCAAGCUACUGCCGCCCACACUCUCGAAAUUCACGCUCGUCGACCUCGUCUCUACUGUUUGUUACUAACCCCAGCUUCACGACAGUCAAGAUGCAGAUCUUUGUCAAGACCCUGACGGGCAAGACCAUCACCCUUGAGGUCGAGUCCUCUGACACCAUCGACAAUGUCAAGUCCAAGAUCCAGGACAAGGAGGGCAUUCCCCCGGACCAGCAGCGCUUGAUCUUCGCCGGCAAGCAGCUCGAGGACGGCCGCACCCUUUCCGACUACAACAUCCAGAAGGAGUCGACUCUCCACUUGGUUCUCCGUCUCCGUGGUGGUAUCAUCGAGCCCUCGCUUAAGGCCCUUGCCUCCAAGUACAACUGCGACAAGAUGAUUUGCCGCAAGUGCUACGCCCGCCUGCCCCCGAGGGCUGUCAACUGCCGCAAGAAGAAGUGCGGUCACACCAACCAGCUCCGCCCCAAGAAGAAGCUCAAGUAAAUCAUUCGCACAACGGCGUUUGGCGCGAAAGGGGUCGGUCGAGGUGGAACGAAUGCGACGAAUGCAUGCGAUGGACAGUCGAAUAAAAACACUGGUCCUUUUGCACAUGGAGUCAUAUCUGUGCUUAUCACUCGGCUAAGGAGCAUGAUGAUGGGAUUGGGGCCUGUAGAGUGAAUACGAUUCUACUUUUCCUUCUUGCACAGAACUGUCCCUAGGAUCUUGAGCAGAGAAUAUCAUGAAGCAAU